UCUUCCUAGUGAAAGGAAUUGUCAUGUGACGUUGCUGUAUAAAAACCAUCGAAUCUUUCGUUUAAGCCACACUUCGACUCUAGUCCUUACCAUACGUACACCAUGAGAGCCUUUGUAAUUUUUUUGUUGGUCUCGGUGAUCGCGGUUAACGCGGCCACAGUAUCAAAGAAAGUGGAAAAACGAGGUCUACUUACCGGACACCAUGGAUACUCUUCUGGCGGAGUAGCUUCCGGAGUCGUAUACGGAGGACAUGGGGUUGGAUCUCCCGGAGGUUACCUUCCACCUGUACCUUCGGUCGCAAUCAUCAAGAAACCAUAUCCAGUUGUCCCAGCUCCAACUUAUGCUGUUCCGUCUUACGCUCCUGCAGUGCCCGCCCCAACUUAUGGUGUUCCAACGUUAACAGUCGGUCCAAGUUACGCUACUUCCGUUGUACAGCCAGUUCCAUCCGUCGGUGUUCAUGGCCAUGUUCCGGUUUACAAUGGUCACGUUCCAGCUCCAGCUCCAUCCUAUGGUACCCCUAGCUACGCCUCAGCUUCGGUCUAUGGCGUUCCAUCGGUACACCAGCCAGUGUCAGUCGGUUCGGUGUCUUUGGGAGCCGGAAGUCUAUCCCACUCUUAUGGUGUACCAAGCACCAACUUCCAGCCUUUACCCGCUGCUGGAGUCUCGCUUGGCACGGUCAGCUAUCCUAGCAAGACUUACGGUGUCCCAUCAAACGUAGCUGUUGGAACCGGACUCUCCUUGAGUCACCUGACUGUGCCUACUAAAUCUUAUGGUGUACCUGCGGUCCUUCCCGCCGGUGGAUACUCGGAUUUGUCAGUUGGAUCGGUCCAUUUUCCCAGCCCUUCUUAUGGUGUACCAAGCCACGGAGUUCAUGGAGGACAAGACGAUGGGUACUCUUAUCCUGUUCCAUCAAAUAAGUUGCUCGUUUAACUUACAAUUAUUUAGUUAAUAUUCGAAAACAGCUGACUUAAUCAAACGUAGGUCUGAUUAUAUAAUCUCUUUUUUCUAAUAGAAAUUAUUGGAAAAUUAUGAGUAUAUUUAAUACCUGCAAACUAGUGUAAAUAAUUUCUGCCGAGGAUGAAUCUAUGGAAUUAAUCGAGAAAGGUGAAUUUAGACGAAAUUGUAAUAAGUUUUUAUAUGUUUGAAUAAAAAAAUUUCAUCAGUUCUAAUCUAUAUCGUAAUCUUUUAUAACCGUCAAAAAUUCAACUUUUUCUCAGAUUUCUAAAAAAGGGUAAAUCUUUUUUGUAAAUGAAUAAAAAUGUUUGAGUGACGAAGGGGAAGGAGAUCGUUUGGAAAGUUUUAUAAAUUUGACGUAUAUUAAUAUUCCAAAGUUAAGUGAUAA